CCCCCCUCCCGCCGGGUCCCGCCCGGUCUCUCCCGGUCCCGCCGUCGAUCCCCGCUCCGCCGCCGCCGUCGCGCCAUGAGCAGCUCCCAGUUCAACAAGGGCCCCUCCUACGGCCUCUCUGCGGAGGUCAAGAACCGGCUCGCCCAGAAAUACGACCCACAGAAGGAGGCAGAGCUGCGGACGUGGAUCGAAAGCGUCACCGGGCGGCAGAUCGGGGCCGACUUCCAGAAGGGGCUGAAGGAUGGGGUCAUCCUCUGCGAGCUGAUGAACAAACUGCAGCCCAACUCGGUGAGGAAGAUCAACCGCUCGGCACUGAACUGGCACCAGCUCGAGAACCUCUCCAACUUCAUCAAGGCCAUGGCCAGCUACGGCAUGAACCCUGUGGACCUCUUUGAAGCCAACGACCUCUUUGAGAGUGGGAAUCUGACACAGGUGCAGGUGUCGCUGCUGGCGCUGGCAGGCAUGGCCAAGACCAAGGGGCUGCAGAGUGGUGUGGACAUUGGUGUGAAAUACUCCGAGCGGCAGCAACGGAACUUCGAUGAGGCCAAGAUGAAAGCUGGGCAGUGCGUGAUCGGGCUGCAGAUGGGCACCAAUAAGUGUGCCAGCCAGUCCGGCAUGACGGCCUACGGCACCAGGAGGCACCUCUACGACCCCAAGAACCAAAUCCUGCCACCCAUGGACCACUCCACCAUCAGCCUGCAGAUGGGCACCAACAAAUGUGCCAGCCAGGUGGGCAUGACAGCACCCGGCACCCGACGGCACAUCUACGACGCCAAGAUGGGACUGGAGAAGUGUGACAACUCCUCCAUGUCGCUGCAGAUGGGAUCCAACCAGGGUGCCAACCAGAGCGGGCAGGUCUUCGGCCUGGGUCGCCAGAUCUAUGACCCCAAAUACUGCCCACAAGGCAUCCCAGGGGAUGCAGCCAACGCCGCCGGUGAGCUGGGCACUGACCUCCCUGGGUACCACUAUUACCAGCAGGAGGAGAGCUGCUGAGCAGGGCUGUCCCCAUGCAGUCCCCCUCGCAGCCACAUUCUGGCCUCAGUUCAUCAUUCCCUCUUUCUAUUUUUCUUUCUUUUUUAAAUAAUGUUAAAAGGAAUCUCUUUUUUCUGGGAAAGGACUGGCCAAGAUGCAGCCCUGCAGCUUUGCCCACUCCUUGUCCUGUGCUGGAAGGGUCUGGGGCUGUGGGCAUUCCAUGCUCUCUCCUAUGAUUCCCUAAAAGCAAAGCUGGAUGUGCUGUUUUUUGGAGAACUCUUGGGACCAAAGUUUCAGAUUCCAUCUCAGUCGGGUGCCCCUGCACUGCAGGGUGAUGCUGUGUGAGGUGGGGGCAACCACGGGCCGGGGGCUUCUUCCAACCACGUGGGGGUUUUUAAUACAGAUGUUCUUAUAUUGAAAGCUUUUUUUUAAAAAAAAAAAGAAAAAAGAAAAAGAAAAAGAAAAGAAAAACAAAA